AUGGACCCCAAGGACCGCAAGAAGAUCCAGUUCUCGGUGCCCGCGCCCCCCAGCCAGCUCGACCCCCGCCAGGUGGAGAUGAUCCGGCGCCGGAGACCAACCCCUGCCAUGCUGUUCCGGCUCUCAGAGCACUCCUCACCAGAGGAGGAGGCCUCCCCGCACCAGAGAGCCUCAGGAGAGGGGCACCAUCUGAAGUCAAAGAGACCCAACCCCUGUGCCUACACACCCCCCUCGCUGAAAGCCGUGCAGCGCAUUGCUGAGUCUCACCUCCAGUCCAUCAGCAACCUGGGUGAGAACCAAGCCUCGGAGGAAGAGGAUGAGCUGGGCGAGCUGCGGGAGCUGGGCUAUCCAAGAGAGGAGGAGGAGGAGGAGGAAGAGGAUGAUGAAGAUGAAGAGGAAGAAGAGGACAGCCAGGCUGAGGUCCUGAAGGGCAGCAGGGACUCUGUUGGACAAAAGUCAACCUGUGGCCAAGGUCUGGAGGGGUGCUGGGAGCGCCCGCCCCCUCUGGAUGAGCCCCAGAGGGAUGGAAGCUCUGAGGACCAAGGAAGACCCAACACUAAGUGAGCCAGGGGAGGAGCCUCAAUACCCUGCUCCCCCUGCGCCUGGCACAUAGAUUACCCAGCCCUGCAUCCCCCA